GCUAAGUAAUCAGCCCAAAGCUGCGCGACGAUCUCUGCACCUUCAGCGAUGGCAGCCGCUGCUAAGAAGUUGCUUUUUGCCGCGGCCGAAGCUGGCGACCUGGCCAAGCUCCAGCAAGCCCUGGCUGCCGGUGCGCCCGUGGAUGCGCGCAACUCCGAGGGCUGCGCGGCGCUGCACCUGGCGGCUGCGGCGGGCCAUGCGCCCCUGGUGCGCGCGCUGCUGGCUGCGGGCGCAAAGAGCGAGCGGCGGCGGGAGGAGGACGAGCGUACGGCACUGCACCUAGCGGCGGAGGAGGGACACCUGGAGGUUGUGUGCGCGCUGCUGGCGGGCGGUGCUGACGUGGCCGCCACCGACAUCGACCUCAGCACGCCGCUGCACCUGGCGGCGCACUUUGGGGAUGCGCCGGUGGUGGAGGCGCUGCUACACGCUGGCGCACAGCCGACCGCCCGCAACCACGCCGGCCAGACUCCGCUGCUGGUGGCGGCGGAGGCGUGCGGGUGCCGCUGGGUGGGGCGCCCCGGCUGCGACUACCCGGGGUCGGUGGGGAUGCUGCUGCGGGCGCGGGAGGGGCAGGAAGGGAAGCAGGAGGGGAAGGAGGCGACAGGCGGAUGGGAAGCGGGAGCGGGUGAUGUUCCUGCUGUUGCAGCUCUUGCUGCUGCUGUCGCUGCUGCGGCCGUGGGAGACGGUGCGACGGAGAAGGGCGAGGAGGGUGGUGAAGGAGGCAGUGGCGGUGGCGGCAGUGGUGGGGGCUGCGAGACGGACUCCUCGGGCGAGAGUGCGGCGCACGUGGCGGUGCGGGCGGGCAACAUGCAGGUGCUGGCGGUGCUGUGUGCUGCGCGUGCGGGCCUGGCUGCGUGCGGCCCCCGCGGGGUGACGCCGCUGCACCUGGCGGCAGCGGGCGGGAUGGAGGAGGCGGUGCGGCUGCUGGCGGGGGCGGGGGCGCCGCUGGAGGCGCGCGAGCUGGAGGGCGGUCUGACUCCGCUGCACUCCGCAGUGCAGGCGGGGCAGCUGCGGGCGGCGGAGGUGCUGCUGGAGGCGGGGGCCGACCCCGCCUCCCCCGACUCCCGCGGCCUCACGCCCCUCCACACCGCCGCACUGCGGGC